GUAAUGAAGGAAUAAAAGGGGGAUUUGAGAAAGGAGGAGAACAGAUGGGAAACCGGCGGUUUUUCGUAAUCGACUGAUGCAAAUCUCUCGACGCACUUCCGUAGCUGCACUCGAAGAUAUAUAACCAGCCCGACUCGACAUCCGUGCAUCACCGUACACAACCCCCCUAACGCUCAUCAACUCCGCCCGAACGCCCAACUAACCUCAUUCGACGUUCCGAAAUGGAAUCAGCAGCCGACCUCAUCGUCGCCUCCCAACUCGACCUGCUCGACACCGCCGGCUCCCGCCGCGCAAGCACCGCCCAACCCGCAAACUCCAUCUACCGCAAACCAGGCCCCACCGUCGGGCGCACCCCCUCCCAGAUCGACACCCUGAAGCUCGAGGGCGGUGGAGCGCACACGGAUGAUCUGGGCGAUGAUGAAUACGACGACCAUGACGGAAAAGAGGACGGCCGACGACCGCUGGUGUGGCAUGGACGCGCGGAUAGUGAGUGCACGCAGGCGGAGAAGUCGACGGAUACGUUGCCAGGAAGGAAAGGGAGUAAGACGAAACCGGCAAAGAUCGAUAUCGCCAAAUCGGCGCUGCUCACCCCGCCAUCCGUCUCCUCCGCCUCUGAUGUACCGACAUCCGCCGACCCGCCAGGCUUCUUCAAAAAGAAUUUGGGGUUGCUGUGGAUGCUCCUCGCCGCGUGUCUGUUCACGAUCAUGUCGAUCAGCGUCAAGGCGAUGACGACGUCGAGUAGCGAGGUGUUGCCGACAUUGGAGAUUAUUUUUUUCAGGAGCGUUUUUGUGUGGUUGUUUGGGGUUGGCGGGAUGCUGUACUGGGAGGUGGGGGAUGUGUGGUUGGGACCGAAGGGGGUGAGGGGGUUGCUGUUUCUGCGAGGCGUCGUGGGCUUCAUGGGCCUGACAUGCGGGUGGUAUGCCUUAUCGCUGCUCACACUGGCAGAUUCGACCGUGCUCGGGUUCCUCUCGCCCGUCUUCACCGCCAUCCUCGCGCGAUUAGUCCUCAACGAGCCGUACCAGCUGGUCGACGCAAUCACCGGCACCCUCUCCAUGGUCGGCGUCCUCUUCAUCGCCCGCCCCCCCUUCCUCUUCGGCUCCACGCCCACCUCCACCCUCGACACCCCGGACGACAUCCUCGCCGGCGGCGGCGGCACCGACGACAUCAGUUCCUCCGAGAUCGCGGCGGCAGAGGACAUGCUCUCCCUCACCAACACCACCUCCCGCAUCCUGAUCACAUCCCCGGCCCCCGCGCAGUCCUUCCUCGGAAUCAUGGUCGGCCUCACAGGAGCGUUGAUCGGCGCGUCGGUGUUUAUCAUCGUGAGGAAACUGUGUGGACGUGCGACGCCGUUGCAUAUUGUGAGUUGUUUGAGUCUGGUGUCGAUCCCGUUGAGUGUGCUUGCCGGGUUGGUGAUGCCAGCUACGACGCCGUGGAUUGUGCCGAGGGAUCCGUUGACGUGGAUGUUUCUUUUGGUUAUUUCGGGGUCGGCGUACGGUGGCCAGCUCUGCACGACCAAAUCGCUGCAACUCGAAAGCGCCGGGCGGGCCGCCAGCAUGAACUACGUGCAGGUCAUCAUCGCUUUUGUCGCCGAGUGGAUCAUCUGGGACAAGAUCCCAACAAUGUCCAGCCUGAUCGGCGGCUCGAUCGUCGGGUCGAGUAUCGUUAUCAUCACCGUUUCGAAGCUGAAGAAGAAAAAGUGAGAUUGCGAACCACGAGGAAUUCGCUGGGAUUGUGGGUCCGUCCACUUCGAAAUCAGUGGAGGACACUUAGGGAGAGACGAUGGGGUAGGGUGGUAUUGGCGGGGUGGGGAAUGUGAUGGGAUGGGACUUGUACGCUGGUUGCUAUAGACAUGACACCGUAAAUCAAGCUGGUGCCCGCCUGUGUAAAGAAACACCACCAGUGUGUCCCGGCGGAUAGUGUAAUGCAUUACAGUAUACAAUUUCGAUUCUGAUAGCUGUUGGUCGUCAUAGAACACGUUGAUAGAUCUAUUUCUUUCCACUUCUAUUCGCGCUCUGCUGUAGAAGUCAUAAAAGAACAAAAGCUUGUUCCUCGCUGAGAGUGCUACGUGUAGUGGGUAGGGGUGCGGGCCGUUCUGCGUACACGGUGCGCUUAAGCGGAAGGAAAGCAGACAGAGGAGUUUACAGUGAUGUUGGGGGGUUUUUGAGUGAGCU